UCAGGGGUUGGUAAGAGAAAUUAUUGGGUUGGUAGGAGGAACAGGAGCUAGCGAUGCUAACCAGCAUGCCCGUCUAAGUCUAAAGGGCAUGAGGAUUACUCCAUUUUUCAGAAGCCCAUGAGGGUUGCAAGAAGUUCAAUUCUGAAGGCGCACAAGGAGGUCAACAGAGGCCCAAAUAUGCCGGGAUCUACGUCGAUUUCAAGCUAGGCCAGUAGGUGGUUGUUCUUUGGUUCUGUAAAAAAGGGAACAACAAGGAGACCUAUAUUUGAAGAUUAAAUCCAGCUACCUGUUACCAGCAACAAGCAAGCACACUCAUCAUACCCAUGAAUCCAUGACAGUUCAGGAUCUCUAGAUUAGAUUCAACGACAACAAGAUCAUCCCAAGUCAUCAGGUCUCCUUUUACGGGAUCCAUGAGAUUAUUCUGAUGGUUCGAGGCAUAGUCGCUGUUAAUUAUGUGGUUUUAACGGGUAAAAUGAACAAGGAGGACAGGUCAAGUUGAAGUUCAAAUCAGCUACCGCCAACAGUCAUAGCAUGACUCAGUGACAAUUCAGGAUAUCUAUGAUUAAGCUUCGAUUGCAACAAGAAUAGCCGAACACGAGGUCUCUGUUUUUCUGUUAGGAUCCAUGAAAUUAUUAUGAUCUUAUCAGAGCAGAACUGCACAAGGAGAUCACCAAGAGUUACUGGAUGUAUGCAGUGGUCAUUCUGAUAAUACUGAAGAUAAUAUACAACGAGGCCACUAUCCAAUGGCGGAGAUUGUGAUUCUUCUUGCCAUUAAAAAGAUCGGAAUUGCCUUGGCAAAGGGAGCGGCAGACCAAGCCAGCGUGCAGUUUGCGAAGUAUGGCAGACAACUACUAGAGCUAGAGGGCAGCAUGGGCCGUGUUGCCAGGGAGCUUCGCGUAAUGCAUGACGUUCUCUAUCAAAUGGACAUUCGAAACCGCAACGAUCAAGUAUAUGAAGGCUGGUUGGAGGAGGUACGAAAAGUAGCACAUGUGAUGGAGGACAUGGUGGAUGAGUACUUGUAUCUAGUUGGUCGAGAACAUGAUAUAGGUUGUUGCUCUUUCCUGAAAAGAGGGUUCAAAAGCCCAAGAUCUGUUGUAUCUUUGAAUCGGAUAGCUUCCAAGGUGAAGGAAAUAGAGAAAGACCUUUCACACUUGUCAGAGACAAAAAACCGCUGGGUUCCCAUGGUAAACAAUGGGGAUAGUAGCAACUCAAAUUACAUCGUCAAAAGAUCCCAAGAUCUAGCAAAUAUUUCACGCUCCCUUGACAAAGAAGAUUUAGUUGGGGUGGAUAAAAACAAAGAAACACUCGAGCAAUGGUUGGCAGAUGAUGACCUGGAAUGCUCUGUGAUAGCUCUGCUCGGCAUGGGAGGCCUUGGUAAAACUGCUUUAGCUGCAAAUGUCUACAAGAAGGAGAGAGAAAAGUUUGAGUGCCAUGCUUGGGUCUCCAUCUCUCAAACUUAUUCUAGAGAAGAUGUCUUGAGGAAUAUAAUCAAGGAACUUUUUAAGGAUAAUGCCAGUGUUCUAUCUAGCAGUCUAGCUAUGGACAUCAUGAGCCUUGAAGAGACACUAAAGAAAUAUCUGGAGCAAAGGAAGUACUUUAUCAUAUUGGAUGAUGUUUGGGAUCCGGAAACAUUUGAUGAUUUGUCAAGGAUGUUUAUUCAUAAUGAUAAGGGCAGUAGAGUGAUGCUCACAACAAGGGAAGCCUGCGUUGCCGCACUUGCCUCUCUAGGACGGAUCUUAACACUGGAAGCUUUACCAGAAGAAAAGGCAUGGGAUCUCUUUUGUAAGAAAGCCUUUCCAAGAGAUACAAAUCAUGAAUGUCCCACAGAAUUGAAUCCACCGUCCAAGGAAAUAGUUAGCAAGUGCAAAGGCUUGCCUCUUGCUAUUGUGUCAGUUGGUAGCCUCUUGCGUGUGCGUGAUAAAACCGUGGAAGAAUGGAGAAGAAUAAAUGACCAACUAAGCUGGGAGAUAAUUAACAAUUCAAGGCUGGACCACAUAAGGAAUGUUUUGCAUCUGAGCUUCAUCUACCUGCCAACAUACUUAAAAAGUUGUUUCCUAUACUGCAGCUUAUUUCCAGAAGACUAUCAUUUUAAAAGGAAGCAACUUGUACGGUUAUGGAUAGCAGAGGGGUUCAUUGAGGAGAGGGGUGAAAGCACACUAGAAGAAGUGGCAGAAGACUUCCUGAAGGAGUUGAUUGACAGAAACAUGCUGCAACUUGUUGAGAGGAACUCAUUUGGUAGGAUGAAGAAAUUAAGAAUGCAUGAUCUCUUACGUGAGCUGGCAGUUGAUUUGUGCCAGAAGAACUGUUUUGGUGUUACAUAUGAGAAUAAAUGUGGAGGGCCUUAUCAGAAGGAUGGACGUCGAUUGGUACUGCACAAACUAAAAGAUGAUAUUCAACAACCAUUUUCCAAUAUGCACCAACUUCGAACUAUCAUUACAUUGGGUGAUAGCAAGUCAUCAUUCACUCUACUACCGCUGUUGUGUAAUGAGUCGAGAUAUAUGACAGUGCUUGAAUUAAGUGCUCUACCAAUGGAGAAGAUUCCAGAUGCUAUUGGGGGUCUUUUUAAUCUCUGCCAUUUGGGUUUGCGGGGUUCAAAGGUGAAGAUGCUCCCGAAGACUAUUGAGAACCUUUCAAAUUUGUUGACACUCGACCUUCUUGAAUCUGAUAUACAUGAGCUCCCUAGUGGGAUUGUGAAACUAAAGAAGCUUAGGCACUUAUUUGCACAGAAAACAAUUGAUACAAAUUGGAGAGAGCUUGCAAGUUGCAGUGGUGUGCAUAUCCCCUAUGGACUUGGAAAUCUAAUAAACCUUCAGACGCUACAAGCAUUGGAAGUAAAUGAUGACUCUGUUGGACAUUUAAGUGAGCUGAGGCAAUUGAGAACCUUGAGGUUGUUGAAAGUGAAGGGAAUCUAUCUUGGACGCCUCAGCGAGUCUCUAGUUCAGUUGGAGUAUUUGUCCAACCUACACUUAGAUGCAAGUAAUGAGAACGAGGUUCUUGGGUUGAAUGUCUGCCUGCCAAGCCUGCAAAAGCUUUUUUUGAGUGGACGACUAGCAGAAGGGAUGUUGGAAGAAUCUCCUCUAUUCCAAGUUGUUGAGGGCCAGAACUUGUAUAAACUGGGUCUAUAUUGGUCACAGCUGAGAGAAGACCCCCUGCGAUCCCUUUCUCGGUUGUCAAACUUGACGUGUCUAGAUCUCACCAGAGCAUACAACGGAGAGCAGCUGGCAUUUCUCACGGGGUGGUUUCCCAAGCUGAAGAUUCUCGUUCUAACAGACCUGCCUAAUCUGAGUGGGCUAGAGAUAGCAGAAGGUGCCAUGGUGAGCCUGGAGGAAUUAACCUUAGUCAACCUCAGCAGAAUGACGGAGGUCCCAGCUGGCAUCGUGUUCCUCCCGCCCCUCCAGUAUCUAGGCUUCCACGAAAUCACCAGCGACUUCUUGACGGUAUUGGACCAAUGUUCUGUACUUGAAGAGCAGAUGUGGCACUAUUCUCUCCGAGACUGACCUGCCACACUGGACGGGAAAUGUGUAGGUCGCCACUGGAAGGGAGACGAUUCAGCGAGUAUUAUAAACUACAACCACAACACCGUUUGAAGGUGCAUUAUCCUGUGUCGGUAUCACAUUCGUGCUGCUGCUGCUACUUAUAAAUUACAACCACAACACCGUCUGUGUCUCCUCUACUUUAAUGAGUCGUCCUAAUGCUUCGGGCGUGUGCUUUUAAAUAGGACGACGCUUACUGUAAGACUGCAAGCGAGCUGUAUUUCCAUAUUCAGACUUAUUUUCGUGUGAUUGGUUUUUCGAAUUAAGGAGCUCGCCGCUCCCCGAUGUUUAUUUGAGAAACUGAUCAACGCAUGUAUAUGUACUGAUGUUUGUGAGUGCUUGCUGUGAACCCAUUUCAGCUGUGGCUGUUAAAUAAAUUAAAACAUUAGGUUUGUGAUUUCA